CUCAGAGCAGGGAAUACACAGAGCAGCGUAUAACCUCAGACCAGCUGUAAAUCUGUGGGGUUGUGGAUUGUGCUGGGAUUAACUCUGAUAUUAAUGCAAAGAAACAAUUAACAGGAGUCUGAACUUCCCUGCAGACGUCUACUCACAAGCAAUGCUGUGUUUAGGAGACUCUGCUGACUGCCUCCGUGACCAGAUGCAGUGCAUGAUGAGAUCCUUGCAGGACCUGAAGCAGAUAAGCAGGCCGAGGCCCCUGAGUGAACCAUGUGCUCGGUCCUUCGCUGUGACACGGCUCUGCAAACAGAGGGCACAGCAAGAGCGACUGGCUCGUCUACGUGUUUCUGACGCCAGUGAAGCCAGCACAUAUGACUCUGCCUGCUGCCUGGCAAGCCCCCUGGAAGAGGAGGAAGAGCAUCAGGAGCAUGAGCGGUUGGCACAAGGCUCCCCAAGCAGCGAAAAGAGCAUGGACUUUGACUCUGGUUACUCUGAGGCUUCUUGGCAGGAUGAAGGUGUGGUGCUGAGGAGGACCAGGAACGUGAGAGUCUCCUCUUCUGCCUGCCUCCGCACAAACAGAGGACCUUCUGGCCGAAUCCGGCCCAAAUCAACCUCGGACGCUUGCCUGGAGCGCUGGACCUCAUUUGAGGCCAGUGACCCAGAGGACUGGACGACGUCACUGCUUAGCCGCAGCAGAAACAGACAACCUCUGGUUCUGGGCGACAACAGCUUUGCUGACCUAAUAAAGAACUGGAUGGACCUACCAGAGUGUCCUGAGCCAGCAGAACUGAAGCCCAAUGCGGGCCGGCGCCUUGCCAAAGACAUUUUGAUCAACAUGCGUCGCAGACUGGCAGGGAUGUCUAAAAGUGCAGAGGUGAGGCCGAGGCCAGCAGACUGCACAAAACCCAGCAGGGCUGCAGAGGCUCCCAAAAGGAUGUCCUGUCCUGUGGGACUCCAGACUUUCAAACCUUUCUUUCACCAGUCCCACACAGGCCUACAUCAACCAGACUCUGACUUCUACCAGUUCACAGCUCUCAUGAAGACAGGUAGCCGGCAGCCCAUUAUAUGCAAUGAUGUUAUUGGAUACAUUUAAGCAAGGCUUUAACUCUGGACUGACCCAUUAACACAGAUUCAAAUAAGACGGUUUUAUUUUUGUAAUUGGAUGUUGUUCACAGUGUUGAUACAUCUGGAAUAAAAGUGUUUUGGAUUGAACGAAAA